UCCCAUGAGAGCUCAGACGUGAUAAGGCCGCGGCUCCCCAUCUCCAGAGGAGCUGGCGUGAGAGCUGCCCGCCGCCUCCUCUCCACUGCUAGAGCCAGAGGAUUUCCCACCCAGAAUCUUUAGGUAAAUGAGAUCAUGAUUCUGGAAGGAAGUGGUGUAAUGAAUCUCAACCCAGGCAACAAUCUCCUCCACCAGCAGGCCGCCUGGAGCGACAGCUACUCCACGUGUAAUGUUUCCAGCGGGUUUUUCGGAAGCCAGUGGCACGAAAUCCACCCUCAGUACUGGACCAAGUACCAGGUAUGGGAGUGGCUGCAGCACCUCCUGGACACCAACCAGAUGGACGCCAGCUGCAUCCCUUUCCAGGAGUUCGAUGUCAGCGGCGAGCACCUGUGCAGCAUGAGCCUGCAGGAGUUCACGCGGGCGGCGGGCUCGGCGGGGCAGCUGCUCUACAGUAACCUGCAGCAUCUCAAGUGGAACGGCCAGUGCAGCAGUGACCUGUUCCAGUCCACACACAACGUCAUUGUGAAGACUGAACAAACCGAUCCUUCCCUCAUGAACCCCUGGAAAGAAGAAAACUAUCUCUAUGACAGCAGCUAUGGUAGCACAGUAGAUUUGUUGGACAGCAAAACUUUCUGCAGAGCCCAAAUCUCCAUGACAACCUCUGGUCACCUUCCAAUAGCAGAGUCCCCAGAUAUGAAAAAGGAGCAAGACCACCCUGCAAAGCCCCACACCAAAAAGCAUAACCCAAGAGGGACUCACUUAUGGGAGUUCAUCCGGGACAUCCUCCUGAGCCCAGAUAAGAAUCCAGGUCUCAUCAAGUGGGAAGACCGCUCGGAGGGCAUCUUCAGGUUCUUGAAGUCCGAGGCUGUGGCUCAGCUGUGGGGCAAAAAGAAAAAUAACAGUAGCAUGACGUAUGAGAAGCUCAGCCGAGCCAUGAGAUAUUACUACAAGCGAGAAAUCCUGGAACGUGUGGAUGGACGACGGCUGGUGUAUAAAUUUGGGAAGAAUGCUCGUGGAUGGAGAGAAAAUGAGAACUGAGGCUCCUUGCCCUUGGAACAUAACCCAAAAUACACAGUACAUGAAAUAAUCAAUGAAGAACUCCUGGACGUAAAUAUUUCAAAGACUACUGAUAUUUCUCUGAUAUUUAUGUACCAUGAAGGGACAAGCACACAUCUGCUUCUAAUGGGAAGAAGGAACACUACGGUUGAUAAAAAAAAAAUAUUUUGUUACUUUGAAGUAUGUCCUAUGUGGGGAAGAAACGUACACAGUUUUCUGUGAAAUACGAUGCUGUAUGCGGUUAUGAUUUAUUUUUGCCUCUAUCGUGAAGUUCUUUUCUACAAGAAAACAGGGUUGGUAGCCUUGUGUUUCUUGCUAGGCAAAAGGAAAAAGAAAGCAGAGGGCAUUAAAUGUUUUCAUAUGUAAAAUGGUUUAGAAACAAGGUGACGUGUCCUCCACAUGAACUCCCCAGGAGAAGUGGACAUGGUUGGUAGGAUGAAGUCUCAGAUUAAUGGGGUGAAGUGGCAGAAUGCUGAGAAGUUCACCUGAUGUGGGAGGCAGCGAGUGAAGAACAUGGACUUCCAUGACCCAGUGUGGCCAUACACACUGUGUGAUCACAUGACUUGGGAUAUUUAAAUUGGCGGGAAUAAUGAUGGGGGUUGGGCUGUAUACUCAUUCAUGAGUGUGAUUCCUCCCUAUACCCUUGGGUGGUGAGUUCAAAAAGAAAAAAGAACUACAAUUACCACAUCUGGUCACUUCUAGCUAUUUAGAGAGAGAGGUCAGCUUUGAUUAUGUUUUUCUAACUGUUGAACAAUAAGUGGGGGGAGGAGGUGGUGGUGUGAUAUUGACUGAUGAUCUUACUCUUGUAUCUCUGUCCUUUAAGGUUUUCUUGAUGGGCACAGUUGACAUUUUGGACUGGGCGAUUCCCUUGUGGGAAGGGCUUUACUGUACAUGGUGGAAGGGCUUUAAAACUGUGCAUGGUGAGAUGUACUGCAAUGUCUGUGACCUGCGGAAACACUCUUUUCCCUAGACAUCAUCAGUUGUGCCCUGAAGGGCAAAUGUACCCUUGACUGAGAUCCACUUAGCCAGUCAAGGCAAAGGUUGUGAUUUGGUAUCAGAACAAAGGGGUUCGAUAAGGUCUGUGAACCCCUAGAGCAAAGCAAAAACAAGCCCUAGAAGUCAACUGAUUUUUUUUUUUUUUUUGUCUUUUUACACAUUAGGGACAACCUGGAGGAGUUUCUUUUCAAUAUCUCACAUGAGAGCCAAAAUCAGAUAAAUUGAAUAAUGUAGCAAGAAAAGAUAUUUGAACUGGAAUUGUAGAAUGAAAAUUAUAUUGCAGAAGAGAAUGCUGAGAGAAGAAUCUGUGUGUGUGUGUGUGUGUGUGUGUGUGUGUGUGUGUAUGAGACACAGAGUGAGAGGGAAAAAAAGAGAGAGACAUUUAUAACUUUGCAGGUAUAAAUUCUUACAUGGACUCAUCUCAAAGUGAAUGGUUUAUUGAUUUCUUUUGCACUUAGAAGAAUAUGUUUAAAAGAAAGAAAAAGGAAGUGACCAGAAGACAAAGCGGAGAGGGAGGGAGCUCCACAGUACAUUUGGAGGUCUCUUCCUCUGCAGUGGGGUGCUGCGGGCACCCCAAACAGCCACCCCCACCCCCAGUAGCCAGAGGAAUGCAACACUACAGAUCUUUGGAAAUGGAUCAGAGCAGAAGGCUCCAUUUUACAACUUUCUUCUUGGUCCUCUCGUGUCCUUGGCCUCUCCUCCAUCCUGCCUCUGUAUCAAUAAGGAGGAACGUUUUCAUCAAGCACAGAGCCCUAGCACCGUGUAUUACCCUGGGGUGUAAACACACACUCAUGCACGCUCUAUGCAGCCAGGAGGUUGAAAAAAAGGAGAACUUUGGGUUCUGUGGCUGGUGACUGUGAGUGUCCAGGAAUGGCCUUGUGAAGUACAACCAUGUUCAUUCCAUUUCUGCCUGGCUUCGUCAUCUUCACAAAGAUUUGUCAGGCGACAGUUACUGAGGAAGCCAGGAAUAGGUACCAUGGACAGCAAAGGUCUUCUGUAUGCAACUCAGAUAUAUAUUUUUUAAUUAUUUAUUUAUUUGAGAGAGACAGACAGACACAGAGAGAAAGACAGAUAGAGGGAGAGAGAGAGAAUGGGCGUGCCAGGGCUUCCAGCCUCU